UAAAAACUCUCGAUUUAUCCUCCAAUCAAUUGAAUUCACUGAAUUUCGUUGGAAAAUUUGAAAAUUUGGAAAAAUUUGACGCAUCACACAAUCGUUUCAGUAAUAUACCAGCAAAACUCUUCGACAGCUUGCCAAAUGUGACUGAGUUGAAUUGGUCAUUCAACAAAAUAGCGACUUUCGACAAUGAAACAUUUGCAAAACUGACGCAUUUAUGUUUAUUGGACUUGAGAAACAAUGAAAUUCAGUCGAUUGAUAAGAAUUUCUUUGAAAAUAACCCAAAAUUGAAGGAAUUACGUUUAGAAAACAAUCGGAUUGUUCGUUUUGACUGUAAUAUCUUUCCGAUUCUCCAAAACUCACUGAGUGAUGUUCAAAAAUCGACCAAUUUCGAAAGCGAUUGGGAAACACUUGAGGAGCUCGACUUAAGUUGCAUGGGGAAUCUGCACUUGGAACUGGACCACGAGUUCGGCGUCCUUUUAAGAGGAUCGUAUAAUUUUGUGUUUCGUUUUGCCAAGGAAACAUUUCGACAUUUGAAGUAUUUCAAUAUUUCCGGUUUGCAUUUGGAAAAUACAUCAAAGUUGCUUGCAUUGCUGGGUCCAUCGCUUCAAAAACUGGAUAUUUCUGCAAAUUUUGUCGGUGCAUUAAAUGCACACACCUUUGAAACGUUUGAGAAUUUACAAGUACUGAACGUGAGCCAAACAAAUUUAUCAAACUUUGGCUUUGAGACAUUCUAUCAUCAGCGGAAACUCUCUCAGCUGGAUUUGUCAUAUAAUCAACUGAAGAAGGUGAAUUUUACAUUAUUAUUCCGGAAUUUUAAAGAAUUAAAGACAUUAAAUUUGGAAGGAAACGAUUUGGUCGAAUUGAAUACGGUGACUCAUUUGAUUUUCCCCAAUUUGACGUCGUUGGCCAUUUCGAGAAAUCGAUUUUCGUGCGACUACUUGGCAAUAUUACUACUUCAAUGGCACAAUUUACAUCUUGUAAACAAUCCAUCCAACCAGACACACAUCGAUGGCGUUGAUUGUUAUCAUGAUAAAGGUCAAAGUAAUGAAAAACUGUCUGAAGUUGAUAAAAGUGUAGAAACAAAGACAGAAAUCACAACGGAAAUUGAACAAACAUCAACUGAGCUAAUGGAUUCCAGCGAAAAUAGUACAGAGUAUUCGACUGUAUCGGAAAUACAUAUGGAUCACUCGCAGGAAACAAAUAUUGAACAUAAUUAUUAUCUAUUAGAGUUGCGAAUUGUUGAAUUUUUAUUAGUUGUGUCUGUAGUUGUUUCUGUUGGUUUGUGUAUUCUUUUGAGGCGCAAACAGAAGACGAGAAAAAUGGAAUGCAAUUCGAAAGGAAGUAAACAAAUCGCACGCAGCGGACCACAUGACAUUGAACUAAUUGAACAUGAUGUUUUUAAUGAAUAGAAAUAUUAAGAUUUUUGCAUAAUUAUUAUUUUAUAUGGAGGUCUUUUUAAUAAUAAAAAAUAACUUUGGCUUUU